AUGUAUUCUCAGCCAGGACCCUCGUCAAGGACCUUGCGAACAAGUGCCAUCUUGGCAUCGACAUCCUCGUCGUCCGCAACCGAGACCGCCAACGAGAUCAAGCCAGAAAAGCCAAUACGCAAACGUAGGUCAAGAGAAGAGAUCGAGGCCGCUAAGCUCGCCAAGGAGAAGCUCGGAAUCCCCAUUCGCAGUCAGCGAAAAUCGAGACUGUCCCUCAAAGGCGGCGGCGCAGCUGCUGCCCCUGCACCUGACAAAGGAACCGAAAAGUUCUCCGAGCGAAAACGAACGAAGCCACGCCCGCCAAAAGUAGAGGAUCCGGGACGAGUAGCGCGGAGGGAGGUUCGCAUGCAAAGGCUUGCCAUGGUGGAAGCGCAAGCCGACGAGGUGCCUUCGGCUGAGCUCAUGGAACAGCUGCUGGAAGAGAUGCGCUACGACCAUCUUCCGCCUCGCGACACAUGGAAAGAAGAAUUCCCAAACGGCAAAAAGCAUCUCACGAGCUAUCGGUACUUUGUCAGCAACCGAACUACGAUCAAGGACAUGAUCAAGGAUCUUGGUAUUGAGGGCGAGGAACGCAAGGGCGAAAAGGUGACCAUCGUCGAGGGAUAUCCAGGUCCUGGCACAUUUGCAAGCGAGUUCCUCAAGAUGGACCAAGUAGAGAAAGUGAUAGCGCUUGAAGACGCGCCGUGCUUCUUGGAGAAGCUCGAGAAGCUGCAAGCCCAGCUCGAAGACGAGAAGCCAGGUACGGGCUCCCGGUUGGACAUUGUCAAGUCGUCGGCAUAUCAGUGGGAUACAUACAGCGAGCUGGUCUCUUCUGGCAAGCUGGCGCAUCUCAACGAUCGCGUCACCACCUCGGACGGCAAAUCCGUCGAGUUCACCACCAACGACUUCAAGGGGCCCGAUCACUCGGAUGCGAGCUGGCAGGAGCUCUCGCCGCUCCUCUUCUUCGCCCAGCUGCCCAACACGGUGUAUGGCGAGCAGCUCUUUGCGCAGAUCAUCUCUGCGAUUGCAAGCCGUAGCUGGCUCUUUCGACAUGGUCGAAUCCAGCUUGCUUUCACGUGUGGAGAGUCGCUCGCCAAACGGUGUCUCGCCGAAGCAGGCGACAAGAUCUCGCGCGGCAAACUCGGUACGACCGUUCAGUGCCUUGCCGACGUCAAAGUGCAUCGAUACGCUCACGAAUUGGCGCCGCACACGCACCACUUUUUCCCACCCAGCAUGAGCGUCGGACCGCGCGUCACCAUCUCGGGCACCUCGCUGAUCCCCAACAGCAACCGGUCCACGGGUCUCACGCGCAUCGGCAUGGUCAUGAUGACUGUGACGCCCAAAAAGGACCCGCUGGUCAAAGGAGACGUCAUCGAGGCGUUCGAGUACAUUACGCGGAACCUGUUCAUUCUGCGAACCAAGCCAGUGGGGGUCGCUCUGACACACGUCGCUCCUGGGGGGCAGAACGUGCUCAAGAUGACCAGCCCAGAACAGGUCGCCAAGGGUCUCAUUAGGGAGGACGAGGUAAUUCGACCGGAGGAGAUCGUCAGCGAUCUGACCAACGCUCAGUGGGCGUGUCUGGCAAGAAUGUUCGAAAAGUGGCCCUUCCGACCGAGACACUUGUUCGAGGAGGGGAGGAUCAAGCCGGAUCAUAAAGGUCGUCACUGA